AUGUCGCUGGCGGUGAAGGCCGGCACGGCCAAGCCGGGCCUACAGAGGCUUGGACAGAUCCGUGCCCCGUCUGGAAACUUUGUGCCUGAGAGUCACCUGAACGAACUGGCAAGGAUGCUGGACAGCACCUCCGCCGUUAGUGGCUUCCGUGUAAGGCGGAUUGGCAUCAACGAUUCCGUGUGGCUUGUCACGUGCCCUGCCAACCCGGAGGGCUGGAUGAUCAAGAAGGUCCCAGCGCGCCGGCGAUACUCGGGCGUGCCGACGGACGUAGAAAACUGUGAUGCGUUGAUCCGCAAAUUCCCGGGCAUUGUCGAAGAUCAGAGGUUGGCCUUUCCCCACAGCGUGGUGGCAAUCCACUCGCUGUCUGCUCCGUGGAGCAGUCAGGCCAGCGACCAUGUUGCAGACCUUCUGGUGUCGCGAAGAGCUCCCGGUGACCAGCUAGGUGUGUACCUGGCAGAGCUGGACUUAACGAAGUCCCAGGACCAAACCGCUCUGGAGGAGGUCUGUGCAGGAGUCGGCGAGAUGCUGGCAGACUUCCACGCCCGCUACGCUGACCCGGUCACUGGCGAGGCCACGUACCACACGGACUUCCACCCCAGCAACGUCCUCUACGAGAAGAAGACUGGUACCCUCAGUAUCGUAGACUUGACGGGUAUGGGGAACCCCGGCACCGGCGAUGAUGUCCAGAAGUUCGAGAGGCUCAUUUUCGGAAUGGCCGGCGAGCGCUAUGCCUUGGCAUUCCGACACCGGUAUCUUGCUAUGGCCAAGACCAAUGUCUGCAAGACCGAUAGAAGUAGCAGCAAGUCGACUGUGGCCAGCAGCACAGACGCGCUGUGGGCUGUGCCCUCCUUUCAUUUGCCCGCCCCGCCAACGCGGACGGGAAGCUUCAAGACACUUUCCUCGCUGGCGAUUCCCGAGUCCGGCUUCAACCCGGACAAGCAUCUCACAACUCUCGCCUUCAUGCUGUCCCCUGGGAAAGUGUGCGAGCCGCAGUUGAUCCCUCUCUCCUCGAGAGCCAAGGCUUGGCUUCUGCGCCAGGGCAGCGCGAAUGAGUGCUGGGUCGUUCAGCAGGCGAGCCCACUCUUCGCAGAGCGUUGUGAGGAGUUCGUCCGGCUGUGUCCUUCUAUCUUGGAAGAUGCCCAGCUGGCCUUCCCACACUCUGCAAUCCCAUUGCAGGCGAACCAGAAGCAGGUGGGGAGCCUGCUAGUGGCGGAGUCUUCGUUCCGUACAACUCUGGAGCAGUACGCUGCCACUUUGGAUCAGACCACCAACGAGGAUCAGGCGAAGCUUGAAAAGGUUCUCAGCAAGAUUGGUGAGACGCUGUCCGCCGUCCUCGCACGGUAUUCGAUCUCCGACAAGGACUCCGACGAGGACUCAUCAAGAGCGCGGCUGCAGCUGCGGCCGGGAAAUGUCCUCUACGACCCGACAUCGGAAGCGAUCGCUUUUGCGGACUUCUCGUGGCCAGGGGAUGCUAAUGCCGUUACCGCAUUGGACCGUCUCUACGACACAGUGAAGUCGAUUGCAGGUCCGAUGGCUGCCGAGGCGUUUCAGGAAGGCUAUCAGAACGCACAGAGGAGUCGUCACAGACCUUCCGUUGCGGACAUCUUCCAAUACGGAUCUGCUUUCUGUCAACCGGAUCCCGUCAGCGAGGUAGAGGCGGCCUCUUCUGGCUCAGAGUCAGAGGAGGAGCAGCGCGAGCAGAAGGCAUCAGAACAGUGCAGCCUCAUGUAA